CAGUCACGCCGGUCACGUCUGGGCCGCCGGGCUGUCCUUCUGCCUUUUCCCGCUUUGCUUUCUGCCCCCGUCCCCGCUCGGCCAGGGCAAAGUGGCCGCGGCGACGCCAUGCCCGGGCCGGAGUGAGUGCGCGCGGGCGAAGAUGGCGUACAUCCAGCUGGAACCGCUAAACGAGGGUUUCCUUUCUAGAAUCUCUGAUGUGCUGCUGUGUGGAUGGACCUGUCGCCAUUGCUGUCAGAAGUGCUAUGAGUCCAGCUGCUGUCAGUCAAAUGAGGAUGAAGUGGAAAUCCUGGGACCUUUCCCUGCUCAAACUCCUCCAUGGCUGAUGGCCAGCCGGAGCAGCGACAAGGAUGGCGACUCUGUUCACACAGCCAGUGAUGUUCCUUUGACCCCACGGACGAACUCCCCAGAUGGGAGACGCUCAUCCUCGGAUACAUCCAAAUCCACAUAUAGCCUGACACGGAGGAUUUCCAGUCUGGAUUCCCGACGCCCCAGCUCUCCCCUCAUUGACAUCAAGCCCAUUGAGUUUGGUGUUCUCAGUGCCAAGAAGGAGGCCAUUCAGCCCUCAGUGCUACGAAGGACCUAUGCCCCCGAUGACUAUUUCAGGAAACUUGAACCCAGGCUGUACUCCCUGGACUCGAGCAGUGAUGACAUGGACUCUUUGACUGAUGAGGAGAUCUUGUCCAAGUACCAGCUGGGUAUGCUGCACUUCAGCACACAGUAUGACCUGCUGCAUAACCACCUGACCGUGAGAGUGAUUGAGGCUAGAGACCUGCCACCCCCCAUCUCCCAUGAUGGCUCACGCCAGGACAUGGCACACUCCAACCCCUAUGUCAAGAUCUGCCUCUUGCCUGACCAGAAGAACUCGAAGCAGACUGGGGUCAAACGGAAGACACAGAAACCUGUGUUUGAGGAACGCUACACCUUUGAGAUCCCCUUCCUAGAAGCCCAGAGGAGGACCCUGCUCCUCACCGUGGUGGACUUUGAUAAGUUCUCACGUCACUGUGUCAUUGGGAAAGUGUCUGUGCCCUUGUGUGAGGUGGACCUGGUGAAGGGAGGUCACUGGUGGAAGGCGCUCAUCCCCAGUUCUCAGAAUGAAGUGGAGCUGGGGGAGCUGCUUCUGUCCCUGAAUUAUCUCCCGAGCGCUGGGAGACUGAAUGUUGACAUCAUUCGAGCCAAGCAACUACUUCAGACAGAUGUGAGCCAAGGUUCAGACCCAUUUGUGAAAAUCCAGCUGGUACAUGGACUCAAGCUUGUGAAAACCAAGAAGACUUCCUUCUUACGAGGCACAAUUGAUCCUUUCUAUAAUGAAUCCUUCAGCUUCAAAGUUCCCCAAGAAGAACUGGAAAAUGCCAGCCUAGUGUUCACAGUGUUCGGCCAUAACAUGAAGAGCAGCAACGACUUCAUCGGGAGGAUUGUCAUCGGCCAGUACUCCUCCGGGCCUUCAGAGUCUAACCAUUGGCGGCGAAUGCUCAAUACCCACCGCACGGCUGUAGAGCAGUGGCACAGCCUGCGGUCCCGGGCUGAGUGUGACCGUGUGUCUCCUGCCUCCCUGGAGGUGACCUGAGUGCCACAGAGAAGGCAGCUUUCAUUUGUUAAAAAGGGGAAAAGAAAAUAUGUCAACACCUAUUACAUCCAUACUUGCAUACACUUUUCACACAUGCAUACACACCCAGUCCUCUCAGAACUUAGAGGAAGCUGUUGAUCACAAAAUGAUGGCCCUCACUGAGGGGGGCCUGAGGCAUUUCUAGAGUCCCCAACCAUCCACAGAUCAAGAGCUGAGUGGGCUCUGCCAUGGGACUUACUGGCAGAGCCUAUUGUUGUUGAAAUCCCAUGUCCCAUGAUGCACUUUCAACCCUCAGGCCAGAGAAAGGAGCCAGAGUCUAUGAAGACUCAAUUUAUCAAGAAUUUGGCCUGUGUGGGGGAGUUGUAAUCCCAGCUCCAAACAUACAUGCCCACUGGGAAGCUUCUGAACAGGCUACUAUUCCUUGGAGUUCUCUAAACCUGAUACCUUUCUCCAAAGGUGUAAGUAUCUUUGUUUCUCCUUAGUAAACUUGGUAAGUAGAUUAGUCUCUUUGAGGAGAUCAAAUGGCAACAAAAAUAAUCCAGUGUAAGAACCUCUGGCUUAAUUGAAUUUGUCCUUGUGCUAGUUUAAUCCAGGGACUCCCCAUGGGUAUGUGUGUGUACUUGCACGUGUGCUCUCACACAUGAACACGUGUGCCUACACAUGCUGUUAGAGAGCAAGGUGGUGGCCAGGCCCUCCAUCCUGAGUGCUCCCUUCUCUCUGCCUGUCUCACCCAGUGAGAACUCAAUCCUCCCAUCUCUCACAGACCCUGCCAUAGUGAUAAUGAGCACAUGUAUCCCAUACAUAGGAUAUGAUAGAGCAAAGAUAAUGUUUUUUGACUGAAUCAUGGUGAUUGUGACCCAUAGAAGGCCUGCCAAAUGGAUUUAAAAGGCCAUUACAUCCCUCCACAAUGGUCUUCCCCCUUAAUCAUAAUCGGAGUAUCUCUUUUGUGUUUGUAUGUGCACCAAAAUCCUGUCUCACGUGCUAAGGCAUUGGUGUAGCUAGAAUAGAUCCCUUUGUUGGAUGCUUCUGUGUCUUUCUCCACAGCAUAUUGUCUUGUGUUAUGGGAGUUAUUUGUUGAAAUUAAAGACUAUUUAUUUGUGCCAUGCA